AUGUACGAUACACGCAGGCGGAAAGCCCUGUUUGAGCAGAUUAACAACCGCAGUUGGGAGGCCCUAAGGCCCGUCAUAAGGAAGUGGGUGGCUGGUGGUAGUAUUAUCGUAACGGAUGAGUGGAAGGGUUACACCCGCCUACCGUCGGAAGGUUAUACGCACUACACUGUCAACCACCGUAGGGGCCUCGUGAAUCCCACAACAGGACGGCAUACGAACGCCAUUGAAGCCUACUGGAGCAGGUUAAAGAGGAAGCUGCAGGAGUCUGGACCCGUCUGUGGCAGAGCAGUAUGGGCCCGCCUAGAUGAGGUUCAGUACCGCUUAUGGUUCGACCUAAGGACUGACAACAUGGCAGCCUCCUGGGAAACUUUCCUACGACAUUGGGCAGCAGUGUAUCCAAUAGAAGAGAGCCUACGAACGGUGACAGGGAAAGCUAACCAACCGAGGCGCAUAGGGAAGACGUGAAGGCAAGUCUCUGUACUUCCUCCAUUUACUCUCCAUGCCUACCUACAAUGAAUGCAGCGGUUACCUACUGACGAUGGGAAAGCGGGCGAUUGAGAAGAGCCUGCAAACGGCGAUUGGGUAAGCUAAUCAACGAAGCCACCGACGGAAGACAUGCAGGUAAGUCGCCGUACUUCCUCCAUUAAGUCACAAUGCUUGCAUACGGUGAAUGUGGCCGUUGAACGGAUGGCGAUGGGAGAGCUGGUGAUGAAGGAGAGCCAACCAACGACGAUUAGAUAAGCUAACCAACGGAACCGCAGACGGCAGACGUUAAGGUAAGUCUCCGUAACUCCUCCAUUAAGUCUCAAUGCCUGCAUACGGUGAAGUUGGCCGUUUAAUGGAUGGUGGUGGAAGUGCUGGCGAUUGAGGAAAGCCAACAAACGGCGAUUAGAUAAGCUGGCCUACGGAAGCACAGACGGAAGACGUGAAGGUUAGUUUAUGGGCUUCGUCCAUUAACUCUCCAUGGCUAACUACAGUGAAUGUGGCCGUUAUCUCCUGGCGAUUACGGAGAGGCAACCAACGCCAAAUAGAUAAUCUAACCAACGAAGACGCAGAAGGAAGUCGUGAAGGUAAGUCUCCCUACCUCCUCCAUGUAGUCUCCUUGCUAUCUACAGUCCAUGUGGCCGCAGGUAACGACCGCAUUCAAUUGGAUACGCCUCUGCCCAAUGUCGUAUGAAAGUCGAACUAGAGGCGGUACUGAACCUCAUCUCUGUGGACCCAACACUGUUGUGCCGCAGAAAAGGCCAGACUCGUACAGGUUCCUCUUUAAUCUUCUGCAGUAGGCCGCUGUGACGUUCGUAUGCAGACCCAUUGUGGGAUUCUCGACAGUCCUACUGUGGUUGACAGUGUAUUAUGUAUAACCUUCCGACGGUAUGUGGGUGUAACCCUUACGCUCAUCGGUUACGAUAAUACUACCGGCAGCCACUCACUUUGUUAUGAGGGGUCUUAGGACCUCCCAGCUGAGGUUUUUAAUCGUCUCAAAUAGGGCUUUUCGCUGCGAGUAUCGUACAUACCGACGACCCACAGCUGGCACCGCGGUCGUUCCCCGUUGUACUUGCGUUGACUGCUGAGCGUCUCGUCUAUCUGCACUUCCAUUCCAUGGCAGUAUUUGUACUGACACGUACAUUUGCUGCACAGCGCUUGCCGCGCACACUGUCGACGAACUUGUAACAUAUACGUAGCAGUGGUUGUAGACUGAGCUUGCUGCCAACGAACAAUGACUGCGUCAACAUGCAUCGCCUCCGCCUGCAGAGUCCACAAUGGAAUGCAUAACCGUCCGUAUGUGCGGCAACAGUUGCAUCUGCACAGUACGCUGACAUCGGCAUGCUACGGUGGUGACCAGCAACGUCGACCGCUGCAGAUACUGAACGACGCCUGCUGACUGAAGGAGAGCUUGUAUUUCAUCCGCGGCGGUCGGUAUAACCCGCUGAGGACGGCACCUACGUCCACCAGCAGUCGGCGAGGAUCCAGAUGGAGAACUGUGGAAGUUUACAAUACAGCGGUUGUCAACUUCUACAUAUCCCCCACCAUCCGACGAAUUCGCAGACGGAUAUCGUGAAGGUAAGCAUAUGUACGUACUGCAUUUGCUCUCUAUGCCUAGCGGCAGUCAUUGUGAUUAUUACCUGCUGACGAUGGUAGAGGUGGUGAGCGAGAAGACCCAACCGAACGGCGAUGGAGCAAGGUAACGAACGAAGGCGCCGACGAAAGACGUGAAGGUAAGCAUCGUAACUUCCUCCAUUUGCACUCCUAGCCUACCGACAGUGAAUGUUGCUGUUACCGGCCGGUUAAAGAGGGGCAUGGCGAUUGAGGAGGGCCAACCAUCGACGAAUGGAGAUGCUAACCAACGAAGACGCAGACGGAAGGCUGGAAGGUAUGACUCUGUACUUCGUCCACUUACUCUCCAUGCCUAGCUGUAGCGCCGGUAGCCGUUACUGGCCGGACAUAGAGGGAGCUCUCGGUUGUGGAGAGCCAACCAUGGACGAUUGGAGAAGCCAACCAAGGAAGGCGCGGACGGAAGACUGGUAGGUAUGACUCUGUACUUCGUCCACUUACUCUCCAUGCCUACCUACAGUGCCUGUAGCCGUUACUGGCCGGUCAUAGAGGGAGCUGUCGGUUGUGGAGAGCCAACCAUGGACGAUUGGGGAAGCCAACCAAUGAAGGCGCGGAUGGAAGACUGGAAGGUAUGA